UAAAUAAAGUAUGGAUGGGGGGAAAUACUCCGCUUCGUGCAAUGAUUUGUGUAUGAUUUGUUUUUCCACAAAGAAAAACAAAACCCUACAUGUCUACUCCAUAAAAGCAGAAGAACAUUUAUAUAAACACACUGAUUUUUUAACCAGAUUGUAUUUGUGUUAUGUUAACAUUUAAAUGGACAGAUACAAGUGAUACCUUUUUCUUCCUACUGGCACACACUUUGAUGAUAUGAAAUACGUUGAGUGUUUUUAAUAGUAUUAUAUCCGUCUCUUGGUAAACUGCAUGGCAGGAUAGACGCAGGUAGUUUGUAGGUCGUGGUUAUUUUGGCAUAUUUGGGCAAAUGUCUUGUAAAUUAAUUGUAAAUGAUCUCAAAUUAGGGCUUGUAUAACGGAGUGGGAACUGAUGAGUGUGCUGUUAUUGUACUUUACAUUGCUGUAAUUACAAACACGUAGCAAACAUAUUUUUGUCCUAGUAAUUACAUUUGUAUUAUUAUAGAAAUACACUAUAAUAACUCUAGAGAAAGUCCUUCUUCAAAGGUUAAAAAACAAAUCUAUUAAAAAGAAAGGGUCAUUUGAAAAGGUCUUAAAUACCAAUUAUCUAAUAGGUGUGUAAGCAGGCUAUACUUUUUUUCUUUUAUAAUAAUUUUAUAACGCAUAAUUUCACAACAAAGUCGACAGACGUUCAGACACGGUGACGUCAGCCCCGUCUGGCUCGCGCCAAGGUUGGGAGGGGGUUGUUGGAGGCGCGCGGGGAUGCGAGAGGAAGGAGGAGGAAAAAAAGGAGGAAAAAAACCCCAACCUCAACCAUCAUCAACGCGCUAGCGGUGCGGGGGUCACGAACUAUGACCUUUAAACAGAGGAAAACCAAAACAAAUAUUUUUAUAAAAUAGCGGAGAGCCCAAAAUCCGUGUCCACCGUCUCCCGGAGACCUCGCUAAUGACCUUACAUCGCCAUGACAACCAACCUCGAUCUGCUCUCUCAGCAGAAAGUGGACUCUGAGGCAGAGGUGAGCGUGCAAUCCUCUCCUUCAGACUCCGUGAUGAGCGAGUCGCCGCCGCGCUUUCAUGUCAUCGCCGCUGAGCCCGCCGCAAGGCCACAGAGAACACAGAUUGUAACCGACCGGCAGACGGGUCAGAAGAUCCAGAGAGCGACGGCGAUGAAGCCGUCCAGCGUUUCCAAACAGCAGUUCAUCCUGACGGCGGCCGACAGCUCGGGGGCCGGGAAGGUCAUCCUGGCCUCGCCGGACAGCCACAACGCCAAGCAGCUCAUCUUCACCGCUGCAGACAGCCUGAUGCCAGGACGGAUACAGAUCGUCACAGAUCCGGCGUCGAUGGAGCGGUUGUUGGGGCAGUCGGGCGACUCCAGCCGCCCGCAGCCCGUGGAGUACUGCGUGGUGUGCGGGGACAAGGCCUCAGGGCGUCACUACGGGGCGGUCAGCUGUGAGGGAUGCAAAGGCUUCUUCAAGCGGAGCGUGAGGAAGCACCUGACCUACAGCUGCCGCAGUAAACAGGACUGCGUCAUCAACAAACACCACCGCAACCGCUGCCAGUUCUGUCGGUUGAACAAAUGCCUUAACAUGGGGAUGAAGACUGACUCUGUCCAGAGUGAGAGAAAGCCCAUCGACGUCGUGCCCAGAGAGAGGCACGCCAACUGCGCCGCCUCCACCCAAAAGAUCUACAUACGCAAGGACCAGAACAGUCCGCUCAUCGCCACGCCGACCUUCAUCUCCGAUACGGAGACGGACGGCUCCAGGUCCAGCCUGCUGGACCAAGGCAUGCUGGUUAAUAUCCAGCAGCCGGUCAUCCAGAGUGAUGGAACGUUGCUGCUGGCCAUCGACUCAAAGAUGGACCCUGGCCAGGGGGACUUGGGGACACUGGCCAACGUGGUGACGUCACUGGCCAACCUGAGCGACUCACUCAGGGAGAAUCUCAGCAAUGGUGAUACCUCGGACAGCCAGCAGGAGGAGCAAUCUGCCAGCGAGAUAACGCGUGCCUUUGACACCCUGGCCAAAGUAUUCAACCCCACAGAAGGAGGCGUCGGACACAGUCUGCCAGAUAAGCCGCAGUGCGUCAGUGGAACAACCUUCCAGCUGAUUGGUCGAGACCAGGAGACCCCCAUCAUCGAGGUGGAAGGACCGCUGCUCACAGACAGCCAUGUCGGCUUCAAGCUGACCAUGCCCAGCCCCAUGCCCGAGUAUCUGAACGUGCACUACAUCUGUGAGUCGGCCUCCAGGCUGCUGUUCCUCUCCAUGCACUGGGCGCGCUCCAUCCCCGCCUUCUCAGCUCUCGGCCAGGAGGCAAACACCAGUUUGGUGCGAGCGUGCUGGAACGAGCUGUUCACUCUGGGUCUGGCUCAGUGCGCUCACGAGAUGAACCUGUCCACCAUCCUCGCUGCCAUCAUCAACCACCUGCAGAGCGGCAUCCAGGACGACAAGCUUUCGGGGGAGAGGGUGAAGCAGGUGAUGGAGCACAUCUGGAAGUUCCAGGAGUUCUGCAACAGCAUGACGAGGCUGGAGACGGACAGCUACGAAUACGCCUACCUGAAGGCGGUCGUGCUGUUCAGCCCGGAUCACCCCGGUGUGGACAGCAGCGGGCAGAUUGAGAAGUUCCAGGAGAAAGCCUUGAUGGAGCUGCAGGACUACGUCCAGAAGACAUACCCAGACGACACCUACAGGUUGACCCGCAUCCUCACCCGCCUGCCGGCCCUGCGCCUCAUGAACUCGGGCGUCACGGAGGAGCUCUUCUUCACCGGCCUGAUCGGCAACGUGUCCAUCGACAGCAUCAUCCCGUACAUCCUCAAGAUGGAGACGGCCGAGUACAACAGCCAGGACUCGGCCGACUGACUGAGUCUCCGCUUCAGGUACUCUUCUUCGUCCUCUUCGUGGAGGAGGGUUUAAAAGCCCCACGUUCCCUUUUCUCUUUUUUUUAAGCGAUGCAAGGUGCGAAGUCGUUCAGGAAUUCCUCGGUAGAUUAAGAUAAUCUGGGAUCGAAGAAGCCGGGAUGUUCUCUGGUAGUCUUGAACUUCUGGCUCUGAACUCCGCCGCUAAAGGAAUCCUCUGCAGCGCCUUUCAAACGUCUCAACGGCGCUCCAAGCUAAUUACGUCUUUGUAAAGUCUUAAAGAUUAAAGUAAAUCUCAGUGCUUUAAGUGUACUUUAAAAAAGCUGUACGGUAUUUGUUUGUGUGUUUGUAUAUUUGGGAACAUCGGCGCUGUUACAAACAGGUGUUUAAGGGGCCGUGCUGUCAAAUAGAGAAUUCAGGCUCCAGACUUCUGAAUAUCGAUGCUUUUCAAAUUAAUAAUCUAUCUCUCUCUUCAGUUCUGAGACCGACGGCACUUCCUCGGAGGUGCGAGACAUCAAUGUACAGUUCUAAACUUUUUAAAUAUGAUAUAAAUACAUUUAAAUAAUAGUUGGAAUGAGAACUCCAAUCAGGUACAAGAAACAAUCUCGAACCUCAACUAAUUGAUCCUUAAUCUGUAUUCAUCUACCACACAGUGCAUUACAACAUGGCCGACAUCCCAUUUCACUCAGUUUCACUUUAACUCAAUCAGCCAAAUUAGCCAGUUAAACUGACCACAUGUGUUAAUAUACAUUAAUAUAUAUAUAUAUAUAUAUAUUUAUAUUAGGGCUGUCAAUCGAUUAAAAAAAAUGUACUAAUUAAUCCCACAUUUUGAAAUUCAUUAAUCGCGAUUAAAAGUUUUUCUUUCUUCUAAAGACUAAAUCUUCUAAAUGAAUGAGUAAUCCCUUCAGACGGCGUGUAUUUUAGACACUUGUUUUAUUGUAUUCUUUUUUAAAGACAAAACUUCACACAGAGCUGUGUUUUCAAAGAGGCUCCUACAUAUAAAGUGCCAGCGAGGUAUUUAAUAUCGUGGAUGAUAAAUUGUUUCUUCAGUGAAACAUCCAGAUUAGUAAGAAAAGGUGUAUUAGAGACCCCAUUGGUCCUGUCAUCUUUAACACUGAACAGCAGAACCAGUGGCCUUGGUAAACUGACAAAUAUGUCAUGUUAACCCUCUGGAGUCUGGGCUCAUUUUCUCGAUUUUACAAAAACAUGUAAAUUCACCUUUUAAAGUCUUUUGCAUGUGACACAUCCCAGUGUUUCCCCCACCAUUCUAUCAGGGUGAGGCCCCGCCCCCCUGUCAUGUUCUCUAUCGCGCCAGAUUACAGCAGAAGUAACGUACGGUUCUUUCCUUAAAGACGUCUUUGUUCUUUUAUUAAACUAAACGUCUGUUGUUGGUCGUCUCUACAGCAGCAUGUCAUUCUGUCUCGACGUGUCGGUCACUCUUCUCGGCUCUCCGUCUCGCGCGCCGCAGAGCUCCAUGCCGGCGUGUCUGCGCGCGCAUCGGGCGGAGCAACAAAAAAAAGUCACCUGCACCUUCCGCCCCGCGUCACCGACACGUCGCCCUCUGCUUCUCUGUGAAUAUCGAGGAGCAGACGGGAGGAAGGAGGCAGACUGCCACGGUUUGACACUCAGAGGAGUGCAACAACUUCAACGCACACCGGAAGUAAACAAAGUUGCGUUAAAAUAUUUUAGUGCGUUAAUCGCGGCCAAAUUAAUCGCAUAGAUUAACGCGUUAAUGCUGACAGC